UCGAUUUCACUUUGUUGCGUUGGUAUCGCUCACUGUCAUGGCUCCUUGAGCGAGUGGCUAUCUGCUCCUAAAACGAUAUCAAAAUCUUUCGGGGAGAAAUACAGCACUUCUUCCCUUAUUUAAAGAAAAAAUCGGGGUUUUUGACGGCUCGGGUUUUGCUUGGAUACAUUAUUAACAUGGCGGGGAGCAAUACGGCUCAGAAAACAUGGGAGCUGUCUAACAGCAUGCAGGAAGUUCAGAGCAUUGAUGAAAUUUACAAAUAUGACAAAAAGCAACAACAAGAAAUCCUCGCUGCGAAGCCAUGGACGAAAGAUCACCACUACUUCAAGUACUGCAAAAUCUCAGCUUUGGCCCUGUUGAAGAUGGUAAUGCAUGCCAGGUCUGGAGGAAACCUGGAGGUGAUGGGCCUCAUGCUGGGAAAGGUGGACGGUGAAACCAUGAUCAUCAUGGACAGCUUUGCUUUGCCCGUGGAGGGCACAGAGACCAGAGUCAACGCCCAGGCGGCAGCCUAUGAAUACAUGGCUGCCUAUAUUGAAAAUGCCAAACAGGUUGGCCGGCUGGAGAAUGCGAUAGGCUGGUACCACAGUCACCCGGGCUAUGGAUGCUGGCUGUCAGGCAUAGAUGUCAGCACCCAGAUGCUCAACCAACAGUUUCAGGAGCCUUUUGUGGCUGUUGUGAUUGAUCCCACUCGGACUAUUUCUGCAGGGAAAGUCAACCUCGGUGCCUUCAGAACCUACCCGAAGGGUUACAAACCCCCUGAUGAGGGACCCUCAGAAUAUCAGACUAUCCCCCUGAACAAGAUUGAAGACUUUGGUGUACACUGUAAACAGUAUUACGCUUUGGAGGUUACUUACUUUAAGUCCUCCCUUGAUAGAAAGCUCCUGGAACUCCUUUGGAAUAAAUAUUGGGUUAAUACCUUAAGUUCUUCAAGUCUCCUCACGAACUCGGACUACACCACGGGCCAGGUGUUCGACCUGUCAGAGAAGCUGGAGCAGUCGGAGGCCCAGCUGGGCAGAGGCUGCUUCAUGCUCGGAUUAGACACACACGACAGAAAGUCUGAGGACAAACUGGCCAAAGCAACACGAGACAGCUGCAAGACAACCAUAGAAGCGAUUCAUGGUCUGAUGUCUCAAGUCAUUAAGGACAAACUCUUCAAUCAAAUCAACACGUCUGGCAAUUAAACCUCAGCCACAAGGCCAUUUGAAUUACACCUGGAAAUGUGUUCUUGUGCAUGCCCGGUGCUUACUGAUUCAUGGUGUAUGUUUAACUGCUAAGAGUAGCAUCAUCUGUUAUUUCUCUUGGGAGUGCUUUUCUAUUCAUUUUUCCUUCAUGUAGGUAAGAAUUAGAAGACACGUGCAAAAAAUAAAACUUAAAAAAAGCAGCA